AUGACUCGGAGCCCAAAACGCCCUUCUUAUAUCCCCGUGGAGGGGCCAUAUGGUUUCUGUAAUAUGUCCAAUGGCACUAUUCACCAGAACUUUGGACAGUCAAAGUUUACCAACCAAUGCUACAGACUCGAGCAAUUCGAUCUCAAUAUCAUAUUCGAGGACUCGAAAAACCCCAGUACACCAACAUUUCAGACGGAUUGA